AUGACGUCGCUGCGCCGCGCCGCGCCCCAGCAGCAUGGCGGCGGCGGGCGGGCGCUGAUGGCGCCGGCGGUGCUGCCGCGGCUGCGGCGGCUCCUCCCCGCGGCCCCGCCGCCCUCCCGGGCCGCGCACACGGGCGGUGCCGGAGCCCCGCGCCCGCGCCGCGACCUCUACGAGGUGCUGGGCGUCCCGUCCACCGCCACGGCGGCGCAGAUCAAGACGGCGUACUACGAGCAGUCCUUCCGGUACCACCCCGACCGCAAUGCCGGCAGCGCGGCCGCGGCCGCUCGCUUCGCCGCCGUCAGCGAGGCUUACCGCGUGCUGGGCAGCGCCGCGCUGCGCCGCAAGUACGACCGCGGGCUGCUGAGCGCCGAGGAGCUGCUCGCCGCGCCCCGGCCCUCGGGCCGCCCGCCCGACCCGCCGCCCCGCGGGCCCGCCGCCCGCCCCGGGCCCAGCCCCGGCCCCGGCCCGCCGCCCUUCGACUUCGACGCCUUCUACCGCGCGCACUACGGCGAGCAGCUGCAGCGGGAGCAGCUGCUGCGGGCGCGGCGGGAGCAGCUGCGCCUGCGGCGGGAGGAGUCGGCGGCGGAGGGGCGCCUCAGGGCCCUCUCCGAUUUCUCGGUCGGGCUGCUCUUCUUCCUGAGUGUUAUCGUCCUCUACGGCCUCAAGUGACAGCGGGACGUGAGGUGUGCCCACACAGCUCCUCAGCGUCACCAGGGGCUUGGCAGCGGGCUGGGGGUGAGCCCUGCACUGCCCUUGGCCGACAGCCCGUGUCUGCUGCUGGGGCUGGGACGUGUCACCCUGCCAGUGUGACCUUCAGGGACGGUGUGUGACCAGCAGGCUUCAUAUGCUGUGACCUUCAGACACUCAGUGCCCCUGGCUGUGAGGAUGUGACCUCUGGAUACCCUCUGUGCCCUGGGCUGGGCUGGGCUGUGCUGUCCAGCAUGACCUUGCAAGGGGGUGAAGGUACUCUGCAGGUUCCUGGUGUGCCCCCUCAGCCAAUACCACCUGCAGGCACAGUGCCUGGCAAGCAAACACAGUUCCUGGACUCUGGACAGGGAGGAGUCCCCUCCUUUGGCACAGCUCUGUGACCUUGGUGUGCCCCACGUGCCUGUUGUGAGCUGCAGCAGGGAUUAAAGGCUCUCAGAGGUGCUGUGUGUGUUCAGGGCUGUGCUCACUCAUGAUCAGGUGUGGCUCUGGUUUCUGCUGAUUCCAGACCUGCCUCCUCUGUGCUGUCACACCUGGUACUACAUCUCUGGGGAGCUUUUGACAUCCAAACUGCACCAGCCUGCUCAGAAUGGCAGGUAGAGAAGUUAGAUUCAGACCUGAAAAAUGAAAUUAUGGUGGCUCAUGCCGUGAUCAGUGUGUGACAUUGCCUGGAGGUGCAGGCAAAACACUUUGGUGUCUGAAGUCCUCUGUCCUGUCUAGGGCCUGCCAGGAACUUUACACAAGCCCCUCCCUCUGAGGCUUUUGGCUGUGGUGCACCUGUGAGCACCAAGUGCUGUUUUCUGUGUUUUACCUGAGCAUCAUUUGCACAAGUGUAUUUGCCUAUUUAAAUACUGAAGUGUU